GCUGCGGACAGCGCACGGUCCAGCUCCAUCCUGAGCAAAGUGGCGCAGCUGGAGAGCAAGAUCAGGAGCAGGAAAAAGCAGCUGGAAGUGCAGAACUCAGGGCAGAAGGUUUUGGCUGAGGAAUCCUCCUUGUCUGCCUCCAGCCCUGAGCACAGUGCCAGGGGCAAGAAGUACCUGAAGAGUCACAGUGGUGGGAAUGUGACCCGUGGGGAUGUCUGGUGUAAGGAGCAGGGAAGCAGCCAAAGCAACAAGAAGAAUGUUAUGGUUAAACAACACCUCAAUCUGGACAGUGAUGAAGAGGAAAUGAGGGAACUGAUGGGAAGCUCUUUGAGGUUUUCCAGUGGAGAUGGGAGUCGGAAGAUUCCUAACAAGACUCCAGUCCCAUCAGGGAUGUCUCUUCCAUCUCACAAGGAAAUGUCACUAUCAGAGGCAUCUAAAGCAUCUUCUCCUCACAAUGAAGAUGUAAAGAAAAGUGGUUUUGGUAGAGUUCAUUCAUCUUCACCCAGGAGCAGAAGCCCCUCAAGACACUCCCUGAGAUCUCAAUCACUGUUGUCUCCCUUGAAGGACAACACUGCAAAGAUUCCUCUGCCUAGAACAGGCUACACCAAGCAGAGCCAAGAAUCUCUUGGAAGUGACAGAAGUGAAAUAAAAUCAUUGGAUGAAUUAUUUUCAGAAGCAGCUGAUGAAGAAGAUCCAACCAGCAGCAGCUCAAGUCAUUUCAGACUGAAUGUCCUGAGCCUUGAUGAUUUGGCCCCAAAUAUCAGCAAUGAUGCAGAAUCAGAGCAGAAAGGGACAGACAGUCAAAUUACUCAAGAAUCCAACAAAAAUGUGGAAGAAGAUACAUUCCUGGAGGAAGAGGACAGAGCAGCUCCCAAAAUGAUCAGAGCAGUACCUGGUGUGAGUGAAGCCUCUGAAGAGGAAGUAGAAGAAAUUGCCACUGAAGCCGAAAUCUCUGAGCAUUUAAGUGGAGUUUCUGCAGAUGUCCCUGGACACAUCCAGGAUGAUCAAGAUGACAGAUCUCUUAAUUCAGAAUAUUCUGAAGACUUUGAAAGGUCUGUAUCUACAACAGACAGGGAAUCUGCAUCCAAACUGUCCAAGGGAGAUUGUGAGAGCUCCAAGUGCUCCAGAACAUCUUCCCUGUCAGUGCGUCGAGCACGGCCCAGCCAGGGGCACAGAGUGACUGUCAGAGACACCUCAGCUCAGACAGCACAGCCUCCAUUCACCUGCUGCUGGGCAAAGGCAAAGCCCUCUGCAGUGCUGAGCCCUCCUGCAGGAACCAGCUACAUCGACCCACUGCCCAUUGCCAGUCACAUCAUCAGUGCAGAUGCAGUAGAAGCCCUGACUACCUACAGCCCCUCGGUCCUCGUGUUACAUACCCUGUUCAAACAGCACCUGAUGUUGACCCAGCAGUUUGUGGAGAACAUUCACCAGCUUCACUCAUCCCUUGUGGAGUCACUAGAGGAUGAGAAGUUCCACUACCAUACCCUGGAAGAGGCUAAAGAGUACAUCAGGAACCACAAAUCUCCACCUCUAACCCUUGAGCAGGCACUAGAGGAAAUUCAGAGGGCACAGGAGGAAUGA